CUAGGUUUUUUUUUUUUUUAACGUGAAGCUAAAAAAAAUGGGUUCAUAGUCUGUAAACUUUCCUUUUACGUGCUAAUCUUUAAGAAUGACUAAGGGUACCAGUUCGUUCGGUAAGCGUCACACCAAGACUCAUACUUUAUGUCGUCGUUGCGGUAACCGCUCUUUCCACAAGCAAAAGAAGACAUGUGCUCAAUGUGGUUAUCCUGCUGCUAAGACCAGAUCUUAUAACUGGUCCGAAAAGGGUAAGCGUAGAAAGACCACCGGUACUGGCCGUAUGAGAUAUUUGAAGUUGGUUCAACGUCGUUUCAAGAACGGUUUCCGUGAAGGUACUCAAGCCAAGAAACAAGCUGUUGCUGCUUCUGCUUAAAACAAAAAUAAAUAAAUACACAAACAAAUCACACAUAUUUUCAACAUUAAAAAAAAAGAGUUACUUUUUUCUUUUAUAAAGACAAAAUAGUGUUAUAAUUUUCUUUUUUUUUAUUAUGGGAAGUUGUUUACAGAGAUGUAUGCAGACAAUAAUAAUUUAAAGUAAUAAUUAUGUGAUAUAUUUUCAAAAGAUACGUUUUUUUUUUUACAAGAUACCAGAGUCUUUUAAAUGAUUUUGAAUUAGGGUAUCUUUAAUAGCAUUAAAUACAUGAGUAAUCUAUUGUAAACAUAAAUUAGUGUUUGUUCAUUCAUUCUUGAU